UAAGCGUGAAGUUCAAGUAGGCUGUUUUCGGGUUCAGUUUCGGGGUCUUGGAGGAGGCAGCGCGCGGGAUGGAGACCUCCCCGUCCGGCGGCGGCGGCGGCGGCGGGUGCUGCUGCCGCUGCUACUCAACUUAACCCCUGGGACUCCGCAGAGUUUCCCCCACCGCAGGCACAGAGGGAUGGGCUGCAAAGGGAGCAAACCGGGCUGCUGCGAAGCCAGAAGAAAGAAAAAAAACAAAACUCAGCAUGCAAGAGGACAGGCUUCCUAUGAACUGACUGCAUUGAAGACUGAAAAUGCUGACACAGCCCAUUUGCAGGAAGAAGCAGAGAAAGGGAAGGCAGAGCUGCUGGAGAAGCAGAAGAAUGAGAUUGCAAGGCUCCACCACCGCCACCAGGAAGAGAAAGAGUGUCUGAAGGAAACUCAUCAUGCUGAGACGGAGAGACUUAGCCAAGAUAUUAAAGUCCAGGUUGAAAAGGAGAAGGAUAUACAGUGUAAGCAGCAACUCUCUGAGCAGUAUGACUUACUGAAGAGAGAACAAGAAGAGAGAUUCCAAGAGCUCCAGAAAGCACAUGACCAAGAGAAGCUGCUCCUGACCGAAUCCUUCCAAAAGGCUCAAUCAUCAUUACAGGAGACCAUCGGCCACUUGAGUUCCCAGAUGAAGUCCUUCCAAGAGAAAAUGAAACGGGUGGAGGAGUCAAUCCUGAGCAGAGAUUAUAAGAAGCACAUCCAGGACUAUGGGAGCCCCAGCCAGUUCUGGGAACAGGAAUUAGAGAGUCUGCAUUUUGUCAUUGAGAUGAAGAAUGAACGCAUCCACACCCUGGACAAAAAGCUACUGAACCUGGAAACGGUGAUGGAGAGAAACUUGUUGCUUGAGGAAAAAGUCAAAACCCUUCAACAGGAGAAUGAAGAUCUCAAAGUACGGAUGCAGAACCAGGUGGCAGUGACAAGGCAACUGUCUGAGGAGCUGCUCACGAUUCGUGAGGCCCUGGAGAAGGAGACGCAGCUGAGAGAGCAGGCUCACCGGGAGAAGGAACAGCUGCUGUACAGAGUGCUGAACGGCGAUUCCGCCCACACCUUCCCCAUCUCCCCGGAGGCGGCGCUCAUCGUGACGUAGCACUUCCAAGGGCCAAAGAGACUGAUGUGCCUGUCAGAGCGGGGGGGAGGGGGAGGCAGGGAGAGAGGAUGGGAGGUCCCACCCUUUCAUUCUUGCCCUUGCGUUGUCACCUAGACUUAGCAUGCAGUGUGCAGUGACACGUGGUGCGCUGCGACAUUAUGGCGUAAAAAAAGGGUCCUGAGGUGCCACGUCCUUUGAUUCUCACCUAUCGCUGGGCUCGUUGUUCUGACACUUGAAGAGGUUAAACUGUCCUGCCUCAGGAAGAGUGGUACCCCUCCCCCACCCCAUACACCCCCCAAAAAGUCGGCCUCAAUGCUAGCCAAGAGACAAUGUUAAGCCUAUUUCCAUUUCAGUCUAUGCAAAAAAGCACUGGCCAGGGGCAUUGCGCCCCACACCUCACCUGGGAGGUAGCAGAAUUAACUACCUCAGAUAUAUGGGGUAUGGUGGUGUCCCGAUUAUCCUUAGUUUAAUAUUUCAGUAGCUUUGGCUGUAGGUGAGAAGAAGCCACAGACAAUGAGAGUGGAGAUACACAUUAAAUGUGCUGGACCUGCUCUGUGGGCCAAAUAACCACUCUCCUGAAGUUCUGAUCUGGCCUUCCGGGGUUCUCCAGAUGGUUUUGCCCCUUUCCCCCUGACCUCCGAUUAUUCAGUGGUUUCCCAGCUUUUGUGCAGUUUUUCCCAAUUCUAAAAGGCUGAACAGCCUCUCCUAAGGGUUAGUUACCAGCAAUAAGAGCUUUACGCUACCAUAUGCUGGCAUUGAUAUUAUUAUUAUUAUUUUUGCCUUUGGCCCUGCCCCUUUCCCUUCAGCCCUGGCCACUGCUGGAAUGCAGCUCUCCCCCCAGCCCCCAGAGCUUCACCAAAAUGGAAUUCAGCCCUCGGGCUGAUGGAGUUUCAACCCCCCUGUGGUCGCUAUUGGGGGAGGCCAUGUUCACUUUCCACAACUGCUUUGAUCUGUGCUGGAAGAGCUAGACCCAACCCCACGGAUUUUAUUAGCUUCCUAAAUGCAGUGCAUUGGAGAACUCAGACAAAAAUAUGGAUAUGAACUUUUGUAACCAAGAUGUGCCUUAGGUGUUCUCCCAGCCACUUACCCAUGACCAGGUCCCCUGCGGCUGGGGGAGAGCGUUUUAAAAAUGACUCCGCUAUGUGAGUAGUCCCUGAUCGCUGUGGGUCAUCCCCACCAUGAUGGUGGUCAGUCCCUACCCACAUGAUUGGAUCAUGUACACAUCAGAACGGAUGCAUCAGAGAAGCAUCUUCCACACAACUGGGAGAAAACCAAAAAGGCACUUCCUCUGAGUCAGCUCCUUCCGGAAACAACAUGACUCUUUCAACUCCAACAGCAAGUGUUGUGACUGCUUUCACAGGUUUUUCUUUGUCAGGUCAGAUUUUGUGUGUCUCCAGAACAGCCUCAAAAUGCAAGCAUUUGGAGUGCAAAUCCAGGAGGACUGCUAUUUGCUUUCUUUUUCUUUUCUUGCUUUUUUUAA